GACUGCUGCCCAAAAUAGCUCUCGGUAGGAGAUGGCACCUUCACUGUCACCGCCUCUGCCCCUUGCCUUGCCUUGCCAGUACCUCACCUCCGCCCCACCGACCACAACCCCACCCAGGUCUACACGGCCCUGCACUAUCAAUCUAGCUUCUUUGAGACGACGGAAGACUCAAAAUCCACAGCAUGCGACAAGGUCCUUCAGUAGGGUGGAGUAGUGGUGCUGUACGUCCCACUGUAAUUCAGCCCUCAGCCUAUUCUAACAGGGGAGGUGGAGAGGCUGGCAUAAACUGUAUCUGCUGUACUUGCUGCUCUUGUAUCCACCUCGGUGUCCUGAGAUCUAAGUUCGGCUGGCUCAAGAUCAUUCAGCUGUUUCUGUCUGCAAUCUGCCUAUCACUGACACUGAACUACGGGUUACCUCACAGCUCAAAAAUUGGAGAAUCCUUCACAUUCUUUCUGGUCACCAUCUCCGCCUGCAUCUUUGUGGUGUGCCUCCUCACCUUCUGCUACAUCAUCUCGGCCAACUCCUUCCAACUCAUCCGUUCUUCUGUUCUGGAAAUAGUGUUCAACACCUUGGCCUGUAUCCUCUACUUGACAUCUUCAGCUUAUGUAUCCUGGUCAGUCCAAACCUUUCUAUGGAUCCCUUACUUGACUAGACCAUACUUCACUGUCUACCCAGCCAUGACGGCUGCUUAUGCACUUGGACUGGUGUUGGGAGUUGUUCACGGUAUAGACGCUUGGCUGUCCUAUAAACAGUUUCCAGGUCGACCAUGCUAGCUUUCACCAUAUUAGAUAGGGAGGUACACUACAGGUAUUCUCGACUAUUUGACUAAAGAUCGUGCUUUAAUAUAUCCUCCAUUAAAAACUUUUAUACUUCAAAAUCUUCAGUGAAAUAAUAAAUUUAAUAUAAAA